AUGGUGAAGAAGAAGACAAUAGCAGUGCCCGACGCCUGGGACGAUGAUUGGGAAACCCAAGCAGACAACGGUGCACCACUCAACCAGGAUCUCGAGCCUGAGAUCGAGCCGCCGCGGACCAAGGCAGAGCGAUUAGCGCAGCAUGUUGAAUCAAACCGAAAGCUGUGGGAGUCAGCUGCAAGCUCUGUUGCUAACGCGAGUUGCCCGCUCCCCAACAGAGACACGCGCGAGACCUUCCACUUUCUCGAGACAACAAACAACGUCCCCCUUACCUCAUCCUUCAAGUCGCAGGUCAAAGUCCUCAGUCGCAAACCCAUGAUCGCGAAGAGGGACCCCGCCACAGGCCUCUCUCAGAUGACCCUCGAGGACGACGGCGACGACAACACAAAGGAAGCCCAGCCUACGCCCGAGGAGAUCCGCGCGAAGCAGAAGCGGGAUCGCGAGGAAAAGCAACGACGGUACGAGGAGGCACGUGCAAAGAUCUUUGGCGAGUCGGCGCCCUCGUCGGGAAACUCCUCACCGGGUACGGUGACACCGCCGAGGUCGGAUGGACAACAGACUCCCCGCGCACGGGGCCGUGGCGGAUCUCGAGGCGGCUCUAAUAUUCACCAGAGAAACAAUGAUAACAGCCGGCAGUUUGAGGGCCGACGGCAGGUACAGCAGUCUAUGUCAUCCAGGGAGCUUUUCGACCCCAACUACGCAAGCAAACCAGACUCACCUCCAUCACAAGGGGGGAGCGGAAGUGGCGAGUAUUCAUCGAGGAUGUCUACGUCCAAGAAUGAGCAACAAGCUGCGAUUCGAUCACCAAGGGGACCGGACGGCAGCGGAAGAGGAGGUUUCGGCUUUGCUAGGCGCGGCGCCAAAGAAACUUGA